AUGUAUCGCUGGCUGAUUGCAGGCUUCGCCGGCGCGGCUGGAAACGUCGAGACGUGUGCAGGCACCGAUCCUUGGCUUCUCCAGCUGCAGCUGAGCUUGGACACUGAGCCUGGCACGGAGUUGCUUCGUAGGGCCGAGCCCUUGAAGUUCUUGCACAUACCGAAAUGCGGCGCGUCGUUCUUGAACGCUCUCAUCCACCUACCGGGAGUUUGUCCUGAAGUGGACUUGGACUAUCGCGUGGACGAGGAUUAUUUGCUGCUCAGCUGGGAAGGUGUCUGGUAA